AUGACGACUCCGAGCGAUUCCCUCGAUGACAUUUUCGGAUCCUCCUCUCCCGACGCUCACACCACCCCAACACCCCCUCUCCCAGCCCCCCGCACAACCCUCGAACCCUCCGAGCUCCCGUCCCUCCGCCGCCAACACGUCACAGCCGGCUACCGCGACGGCAUCUCCGCCUCGAAAGCUGAACACGUCCAGCGCGGUUUCGAUGCCGGGUUUCCAAUUGGUGCGCAGCUGGGUAUGCGCGCGGGGACAAUUCUGGGAAUCCUAGAGGGGCUAGUAAGGGGGUAUGAGAGUCGGGCUGGGUCGGCGGUUAUUAGGAAGCCUGGGGUUAAGGCCGGUACCACGGCAAGUGUGGGUAAUGGAGGAUUGGAGGAAGCGAGACGCGUGAAAAGGAAGCAGGUGUUGACUCUCUAUAAACAGGCGGUCAAGGAGCUGGGAGUGCAGGCUGUUUUUGCGGGUUUGGAGGAGGGGAAGGAUGGGGAGAAGCCGGAAGCUCAGCUCUUGAAGAAGGGAGACAAAGCGCUUUCGUCGUGGGAGGGGAAGGUGUUUGUUGCGGCUUGGGAGGAGAACGCGAUGGAUACACUAGAGGCGAAAAGUGAGAAUGGUGCCGAUGGGGAUUCGGAUGAGAGGGAGGGAGAGGUGGUGAAGGGUUCUGCUGGACAGAGCUAA